AUGGACGCAUCUGAACAACAUAGUGAAGAUAGUGUUGUCAACAAUAACAAUGAUGACGAAGAUAUUACAAAUCAAACAUCGGCAACAACAAGAUGUGAUGUGAUUGAACCAACAACAGUAGUCGAAGAUGAAGUUGAACAACAAAAACAAGCUCCAUCAUUGGACAGUGACAACAAUAAUAAUGAUAUGAAUGGUCACUCUGUUGAGACUUCAUCAUCAAUCAGUCCACAAACAAACACAGACGAGCAAGAAGAACAGCAACCAGAACAACCAAUACCAGACAACAAUAACAUUAACAACAAGGAGGAGGAAGAGGUCAACAGAGAUGAUGAUGUUGUUGUAGUUGAUACACCAACAACAAACAGCGCACAAAAUAACUCAAUCAAUCAUGAAGAUGAUCAAGUGAAGGAGACAGCCUCACCUGAGAUCAUUCAACAACAAUCUGUUACAGAGUCUGAGGGCCAACCUCAAACUACUGACGUCAUCACCAUCAUUGCUGGGCCAGAGGCCGAACCUCAACAACAACAACAGCAAGAAGAGGAUAAGGAGGUAGCCCAACCGCUGCUGCCACAACUAGAACACAACAUUACGUUCGAGCCACAGCCCACUCUGCAAGAACCUAUGGAGCAACAACAGUCUCAAAUAAUCAUGCCCGUUGUCUCUCAGACAGUUGAAGAGAGGGUAGUCGAGGCACAACAGAUACCAAACCAACAACAAGACUCUAGAAACGACGCGACCGCUGGUAGUGAUCAUACAACAGUAGUACAAGACGACAACAUAGAAAACACACCACAAGACAACGAUAACGACAACACAAUCUCUGACAUCAUUGCACCACUGAUCUCCAAGUUGCCCGAGGUCGAUCACAUCUUUGAACACUUCAUCGUUGUUGGACUCUCGCCAAAGUCUCCGCCGCGAAUCGGCACGCCACACAAGGUGGAGGUGCUAUUCUCCUAUCCACCGAACAAGCAGGCGCCACCCAAGGCACACGAGUUCUGCUUCCCCAAUGGCAUCUCACCAUAUUUGAUCAAGAGGACACCAUCGUGCUCCAGUCUCAAUGAGCUGCUCUAUGGACAACCGUACCUGCUCUCCUCCGAGUUCUUCUACACCUUCAUGCUCACAGGCGAGUGUCCACUCUAUGGCAUCUGUCUGACCAAGCCUGAACUCCUAGGCACAACGCCCAACUUCUUCCACGAUCAACCAUCGCCACUAGAGCGCAGUCUAACAUAUAUUGCUACACCAAGGAGCUACUGCUUCCUCUCCAAACAUCCAAUAUUCAAUGUACACUUUGAUGCGCUGAUGUACUUGUUGGCGCAAGAUAGAUUGAUAACGAUCACUCGCGAGCUAAGCUCCGCAGAGGAGUUUGAAACUAAUGACCUUCAGCAACAACAACAACAACAACAAGCUCAACAACAGUCCACUCAAGCAUCAGCGUCAACACCAUCAACAACAACACCAGCGAACGAAUCAACGACAGACACAUCAUCAACAUCAACAGAUUGUAACAAUACUAAUAAUAAUGAUAACAAUAACAAUGAUCAAUCAUCAAGACAAGUGAAGCUGCGAGAACAAGACUAUAAGCAUUUGGUGGAUAAGAAGAACUUGUUGGAUAUCUUGGAGUUCUAUCGAUCAUUGACAUCGCCAUCUCCUGGCCAAACACUCUCAUUCUCCUUCCCUGGCGAAGCAUACAAGAGGAACUACUUAAUGCCAAUGGGCAAGACUAAGAACGAGGUAUACUCAAAGACCAUUGCUGAUUGGGCGACGAUUGGCCUGUUUAUGCACUUGAGCCUGGAGAACAUACUUAAGGUGCUGGGAGCAGUUCUACUCGAACAACGUGUUGUGUUCGUCUCUGAUAACCUCUCAUUGUUGUCAUCAGCAUGCUUUGCCAUGCAGUCAUUCAUCCAUCCAUUUGUUUGGCAAGGAUUGUUCGUACCGAUCAUACCACAGGCGCUGAUAGACUACUUGGAGGCACCGGUGCCUUUCAUCGCAGGUGCACAGACACUCAAGAAGAAGAGCUUCGAUGGACUGAUCGUUGACUUUGCCCAUGACAAGAUAUACUACAACCAAUGCCGUCCGCCACCCUUCUUGCCCGAGUUUAAGAAGUUACAAAAGAACCUUAGCAGUGAUCAACAGAUACUGUUGAAUGAGAAGAAUCAUAAUCCAAUCAAGAAUACACCGACUCAGAUCGAGGCGAUGAAUAGGAUCUACACGACGAUACAACAAUAUAUAUGGUGGCUGGUCAAGAAGAUUGAGAACAGCUUCCUGGUCACCGAGGAGAUUGCCGCCGACAGUCUAAAGAUCGAACAGCUAAAGAACAAGUUCCUGGCGACCGUAUCCUCACACAACAAGGACUUUGUCAGCAUGCUACUGGACACUCAGCACUUCUCACACUUCCUACAUUCAUCACUUGUUCAACAACCAACUGCCACCACUACUACAACUACUACAACUACUACUACAAGUUGA